AUGCAACGCGCCCUGCUUACUCCUGUUACGCGUCCAGCGACGGCUGGUGAGCAUAUCUCGGAAGUCGCGACCACCCAUGUCCCGGAGGAGGUCAUCAAGUCUUUCGAUGAGCCUCGAGGUAGUCUGGCGAAAGCGUCUGGGUACGACGCGGAGACUGCUGCCCAGAGUGUCCGUUCCGUGACGGACGACGAGAAGUUCCCCGCGCCCACCGAGGAGGAAUGGAAGACCCUGCGCAAGGUGCCAGGGAACUUCCCCGCCAGCGCCUUCAUCCUCUGCUGGGUUGAGUUCGCCGAACGUGCCUCCUACUACGGUGUCCAGACCGUCUUCGCCAACUUCAUGCAGUUUCCUCUGCCCAAGGGUGGAAACGGCGCCGGUGCGCCUCCCAAGGGCUCCGAAGAGACCGCAGGUGCCCUGGGCAAAGGCCUGCAGUUCUCCACGGCCUUCUCCCUCCUCUUUACCUUCCUGGCCUAUGUCGUCCCCAUCUUCGGUGCGUGGGUUGCCGAUGCCAAACUCGGCCGGUACAAAACCAUCGUGAUCGGGGUUAUCGUCUGCGGUAUCUCCCAUAUCAUCAUGAUCUUCGGCGCCUUGCCGUCCGUCCUCCAAGCGGGAAAUGGCGUGGCGCCUUUCUUGGUCAGUCUGUUCAUUUUGGCCAUUGGAGCUGGCAUCUUCAAACCCAAUCUUGCCCCGCUAGUCAUCGACCAGUGCAACGACUUGAAGCCCCACACCAAAAUCCUCAAGUCCGGGGAGAAGGUGCUGGUCGACCCGGAGACCACCGUGCAGCGAAUCAUGCUGAUCUUCUACGGCCUGAUCAACAUUGGCGCCUUCUACGCCAUCGGCACCACCUACGCGGAGAAGCGUAUCGGAUACUGGUGUGCCUUCCUCAUCGGCGGCGUCAUUUACUUCCUCCUGCCUAUCCUGCUUCUCAUCAUGUACAAACGCACCAAGAAACUGCCUCCGUCCGGGUCGGUCGUGGGCGAAUUCGUCAAGGUGAUGGGGGUGAUCCUCAAACGCGGUGGCUGGAAGCUCUGGCGCCAGGACGUCUGGGAUUCCGCCAAACCCAGUGUGAUGGCGGCGGAGGGCAUCACGACCUGGCGCGGCAAGGAAAUCGACUGGACCGACAAGUUCAUCGACGACGUCCGCCGCACGAUUGACGCCUGCAAGAUCUUCCUCUACUUCCCCAUCUACAACCUGAACGAUGGCGGCAUUGGCAGUGUCCAGUCGAAUCAAGGGGCUGCCAUGACGACCAAGGGAGCGCCCAAUGACCUGCUCGGCAACUUUAACCCGUUGACCAUCAUCGUCGCCAUCCCCCUUCUCAGCCACGUCAUCUACCCCUUGCUGAACAAGUACAAUAUCCGAUUUGGUCGCAUCAGCCGCAUCACCUGUGGGUUCGUCAUCGCCAUGAUUUCCAGCGUCAUCGCGGCGAUCGUGCAGUGGCGGGUGUACAAGACCAGCCCCUGCGGCUUCUACGCCUCGUCCUGUGAUGUUGGCAGUGGCGUUUCUCCCUUGUCGAUCUGGAUCCAAGUGCCCUCGAUCUCGCUGGGAGCCAUCUCCGAAUGUUUCUGCAACGUGACCGCGUACGAGUUGGCCUACGCCCGUUCCCCGGCGAACAUGAGGUCCCUGGUGAUGGCGCUGUUCCUGUUCACCACGGCGCUCUCCAGUGCCCUGGGUGAGAUUCUGACCCCUGUGAUCAAGGACCCGUAUCUGAUUUGGAUUUGGGGUGCGCCUGCCGUGGCGCUUGCCGUCCAGACGAUCCUCUUCUGGAUCCGCUACCGGCACAUGAACGAAGACGAGUUUAUGACUUACGAGGACGACUAUGACCGGCUGCAUGGAAGCAGCGACAGUGUCGUGCAGGAAAAGAGCGAGAUUGCCAAGAACUAGUAGUAUAGUAUCUGGAUCUAUGUUAGAGUAGCACUAAAUAAUUAAU